CGCGGUAACGAUAGUCCCAUCCCUAGGUCGACAACCGUUGUAUCGCGAACUUCAACAGAAUCCACGCAGACGUAUAAAUAUUAUUCGCGCUUUUACUCAGUUCGAAUCUGUGCGUAAAUAAGUAAACAUGGAGAUAAAAACCGAAAAUCGUCAACAAACAAAACGGAGUCUACAACAACAGAUAUUGGACGUAGCACCUGUUGUUUUAGAUUUUGUUAUAUUAAUUGUGCAAGUGUUUUAUUACAUAAUUGAAGCAACUUUUAGACUUUUUAAACCAGUUGACCCCGAGCCCGUUAAAGAGGAGCUAGUUUUGGUCACCGGGGCAGGUCAUGGAAUAGGUAGAGAAAUAGCGCUUCAAUAUGCAUCUGAAGGAUGCACACUUGUUUUAUGGGAUGUAAACCAGAAAGGCAAUGAAGAAACUGCUAAACUUAUUGAGAAAAGUGGAGGACCAAAAGCACAUACUUAUACAUGUGAUGUAUCUGAUCGACAAAACGUACUAUCAGUUGCAGAAAAAGUGAAACAAGAAGUUGGAGAUGUGACUAUUUUAAUAAAUAACGCUGGAAUCAUGCCUACACAUCCUUUAGAAAAGCACACCGAAGCUGAGAUUAGAAAAAUCACCGAUAUUAAUGUUUUAGCGCAUUUUUGGACACUUGAAGCAUUUCUACCAGCAAUGAAGAAGAAUAACCAUGGUCAUAUAGUAUCUCUUUCAUCAAUAGCUGGUGUUGUAGGAAUACCGAACUUGGUACCAUACACAGCUUCAAAGUUUGCUGUUAGGGGCUACAUGGAAGCUUUAAUGGAUGAGUUGAACUGGAACCCAUACAAUCAAAUAAAAACAACCACAAUAUGUCCGUUUAUGGUCAACACAGGUUUAUGUAAAAAACCAUACGUCAAGUUUGAAAAGAUGUUAAAUUUACUAGAUCCUAAAACUGUAGCUGAAAAAAUUAUGUACGCCCAAAGAACUGGUGUUAUGGAAUGUACUAUACCUAGUUAUUUAUUAAAAGUUAAUCAUUUAACAAGAUUACUCCCUGCAAAAGCAGCUCUUAAAGUGAAGGCAUUUUUCGAUAGUGGAGUUCAUUCUGAUUUGUAAAUAUUGCCAGAAAAAAUGUUUCUAUUUUUAUAUUUUUGUCAUAAUAAACUGCUGUGAUAAAUGAUAAUUUUUAUUUAU